CCGCGGAGGAAGCUCAGAUCAGCAGGAGCUGGUGAGAACAUUUUGAUCGAGAUUAUAAUUUCGCUGGACAGACAGAUACACGCUGUAACGUCGCCACAAAACCACUUAACAGAGGAGCCAGGAUUUGGCAGAGGCUUUGGACUCUGGGUCAGACUUGGAAAUGGACCGAGGAUACACACAAGAAGAGGAGUCCUCUCCUCAACACAGAGCCCAGAUGUGGAAGAUUGCUUUAAAUGUCUCUGGAAAAGGGGACAGUUUGUCAAAUUGGGACGGUGUUCUGGAUUUACCAGAACAGACGCUCAUUCACAACCGCAGUCAACAGCUGAUUGGUCAGCUGGGUGUGUCGGAGGAGGAGAGGGUAGAUAUGGAGGCUGAUGUUGAGGCCAUCAUCACUUUUUACUGUAAAUCUCGUAACGUUACUUUCAGCACUGACUUGAGUUUUCCUCACCUGCUCAAACCACUCCUGAGUCUGAAACUUCCUCGCAGCGACCUCUACAACUGCUUUUACGCUCUUAUGAACAAAUACAUCCCCAGAGACUGUGUGCCUAAAGGCCGACCUUUCCACCUGUUCAGAUUAUUGCUACAGUACCAUGAGCCUGAACUCUGCUCCUUCCUGGACACUAAGAAAAUCACACCAGACUCUUACGCAAUGAGCUGGUUGGGCAGCCUGUUCUCCAGUCACUGCCUUCCUGAUGUGACACGGACCUUGUGGGACAACUACUUCCAGCAAACGGACCCCUUCCUGAUAUUCUUUCUCAUGCUCGUUAUUCUCGUCAAUGCCAAAGAAUCCAUACUUGCACAGGAAGCAGACGGCAAAGAGGACAUCAUUAAAAUGCUUGAGGAAUCACCUUCUCUUUUGGAAAGUGAAGACAUUGAAGACCUGUUUUCUUUGGCCCAGUAUUACCAGACAAAAACCCCUUUGUCCCUCAGAAAGAUGAACCAGAAUCUGUUUGGGAGCAGCCUGGUGGCCCUAAAGGAGGAGGAGAUGGACCUCAGCCAGGCCCUGUGUCUCCCUGUGUCUGUGCCAGAAAUCUUGCAGGCCAACCAGCUGCAGCAGGAGGGAGUGCGUUUUUUUGUCGUGGACUGUCGGCCGGCUGAACAGUACAAUUCUGGUCACUUAUCCACAGCGUUCCACCUGGACUCUGACUUGAUGCUGCAGAACCCCUCAGAGUUCGCCCUCUCAGUGAAGUCUCUGUUGGAGGCGCAAAAACAGUCCCUGGAGUCAGGGUCCAUUGCCAGCGGAGAGCAUUUGUGCUUCAUGGGCAGCGGCCGCGAGGAGGAGGACAUGUACAUGAACAUGGUGCUGGCACAUUUCUUACAGAAAAACAAAGAGUAUGUCAGUAUAGCCAAAGGAGGCUUCAUGGCUCUCCAGAAGCACCUAGUCGACAUGAACAUUGAAGGCUUGGACUCGUCUUAUCUAAACUGGAUUGUCAGCACCUCAGGGUCUCACAGCAGCCUGAGCUCUGUAGACGGGGAACUGUGCAGCCCUGGCGACAGCAAAGGAGUCAAGUCAUUGAUGAACAAAAUGACGUUUGCUCUCAAGUCCAAGUCUGUGAAUGUGAAGGAGAAGAUGAUUAGUUUUAUUGAGAACACUUCAGCCCCAGUUGACAAAAUAUCUUUCAAUCUGCCUUGGCCAGAGAAGGUGGUUCCUGAUCGGCAUGUGAGCAGCAGUGACCGAGUUGGUAAACCAUACAGAGGAGUCAAGCCUGUUUUUAGUAUCGGUGAUGAGGAGGAAUAUGACACAGAUGAGAUUGACAGCUCGUCUAUGUCCGAUGACGACAGGAAAGAGAUUGUAAAUAUUCAGACUUGGAUCAACAAACCUGAUGUGAAGCACCACAUUCCCUGCAACGAGGUGAAGGAAACUGGGCACAUGUUUCCAAGCCACCUGUUAAUCACAGCCACUCACAUGUACUGCCUCAGAGAAAUCGCCUCUCGGAAAGGUUUCGCUUACAUCCAGUCCAGACAAGCACUGAACUCUGUUGUUAAAAUCACCUCAAAGAAGAAGCACCCAGAGCUUAUCACAUUCAAGUUUGGCACUAACAACUCUGCUGGAGUAGAGAUCUCAGCUGUGGAGAGAUAUCUUAUACCCAAUGCCGGUGAUGCUACAAAAGUGAUCAAGCAGCAGAUCAUGAAAGUUCUAGAUGCUUUGGAGAGCUCGUAAAACACUAAAUGAAGGCUAGCUGUCAAACAAACUGGGUGACGUGUUUUUUGUCCUUGGGGAGUUUAAAGUUGUAUCCCAUUCUCCCUCGGCCGCCUCCUCCCUCUUGGACAGGCCCCUGCAGUGUUGACUAUGAAGACCUAUGAAGUUUGUCUGUUUUGGGGACUUGACCAAAACUUACAGGAUUGACUGUAUGUGUUGUAAGGUGCUCCGCUGUCAUCCAAAAAUACCCAAAAUGAAAUCUGGGAGUCUGUGGCAGUAACACUUCUCUUCAGGCCUUAUGGUAGCGUUUUGACCCUCCAGUGGCAAGCCUUUUUAAUCAUAAAAUUCACUAUUUUCAUUGUUUUCAGAGAGAACUUUACUGGCUGUUUUUGGAUAAUGUUCUUUUGAAGUUUUCCCCACACUUCAGAGUAAGCUCCAUCAUCUUUUCAAGUCAAAUUGACUUCUGUAUUAUCGGUUUUUUGGGUUUACUGAAAAUCUCAUCUUUAUGUAUCCUUACCAAGUGUUGUCUACUAUUCAUCCGUUCUGCUAUGACAGAAUUCAAGCCAUCGCUGCUUAUUGUUUGGCCAACCAGCAAGUUUUGAUUUCUCGCUAGACCCAACCUUGAGCCUGGGUCGGCAAUACUUGGAAAUGUGUCUUAAGAUGGCAAAGGAGAUGUAGGAAGUUUUAUCACCUCACAAAAACGCCUGUAUUAGUCCUUUAUAUUAUGUUCAGUUGACAAUUGAGCUAUCUUUUUAGUUGCGCUAUAAUGUUUCCUCUGGAAAUUCCCCUCCAUCCAGUUUUCACCAACAUAGGAACUACAUUUCUGAGUUUUGUGUAACAUCUUUCAGUUCUUAGUUUUUUCAAAAAAGGAGCCUUAACACCAACAAAAGUGGCAACUUCAUAACUGUAUUGUAUAUAAUGUUUAAACCAAUCUAUAUUUAGCACGGACCUUUACAGCAGCUUGGGAUAUAAUUUAUUUUCAGCUUUUUAAAUGUAAAAACCAAACCUCAUCUCAUAGCAGUUUGAUGUAGCUCUGAUUUAAGCAACAUCCUUUUACAAGUCCAGGGUUUGUACAGUAACACCUCACUCAUUCCAUUACAAUAGAUUUGUGUUGUAUUUUCCCAUAUUAACAAAGCCCCUGUAUUGGCCAUUGUAAAUGAAUGGACUGCUGUAAAGCAAGUUGAGAGGUUUUGUGUUAGGCAUUUGUAAUGAAAUUAUUAAUAUUAAUUAUUGAUAUCUUUGUGUUUUGUCUUGUCCAUUGUAACUAAUCUAACGCAACACUGUUAUUUAGUUAUAGCUUGCCACUGUUGCCUUUAGCCUCAUGCCUGUGAAAUGAAACGUAUUCUUCAAAUCAUAGUGGCAACUUAUCUCAUUACUUUGCUACUUUUCCAACUCAUUUUUUUCUUUAAUAUUUACCAGUACCAGUACGUAAACAUAGCCCCCUUGACUUGAUCUGAUGUUCAAAUCUUCCAGUAGACUCAUUUGAACAGAUUGGACCUGUUUUUCCAACUUGUGUUAAAUUAUUAUAAACAUCUCGGCUCAUAUAUUAUGGGCAGCAGCACCACAGUGUAUUCAUUCAGUCUCAUCAUUCCCGUGUAACCCAAUCAUCUGAUCGUGUUCAGGAUUUAAUUACUGAGAGAAUUUAACAUUAUAACUGUAUUGUCACUGGGUAAAGGAUGUCACCACUCAAAAUGCAACAUGUCAGAUGUGUAAUUUGCACCUUAAUGUUUUGCUGUUAUUUUCUAAGCAUUUCUGUUUUUAAUAAAUGGACAUUAUUGACUGGA